AUGUCGGACCUCUUCGUCAACCUCGAGGCGCCUAACGGUGUCAAGUACAAGCAGCCAACCGGUCUCUUCAUCAACAACGAGUUCGUGCCAGGCUCGUCCACCCAGAAGAUUACAUCUAUCGACCCUGCUACCGAGAAGGAGAUCGCCACAGUCCACGCCGCCAAUGCCGAUGAUGUUGACAAGGCUGUGAAAGCAGCUUACGCCGCUUUCCACGACAAGUCAUGGAAGAAGCUACCCCCUCCCCAGCGAGGCGUUCUCAUGAACAAGCUCGCCGACUACAUUGAGGAGCACACACAGAUGUUUGCUACUUCGGAGGCUUGGGACAACGGCAAGGUCUACUCCGAUGCUGAGGGCGGUGACAUUGUUGAGGUCAUCAACUGCAUCCGCUACUACGCCGGCUGGGCCGACAAGAUCACUGGCCAGACCAUUACUGCCAACCCUAACAAGCUCGCGUACACUCUCCGCCAACCCCUCGGCGUUGUCGCUCAGAUCAUUCCCUGGAACUACCCGCUCGCCAUGGCCGCCUGGAAGAUCGGCCCUGCGCUAGCAUGCGGUAACACAAUUGUCAUGAAGGCUGCCGAGCAAACGCCUCUUAGCAUCCUUCUUCUUGGACAGGCUAUCAAGGAUGUUGGAUUCCCACCUGGAGUUUUCAACGCUCUUAACGGUUACGGCGGCGAGGCUGGCCCUGCUCUUGUCCAGCACCCCCUCGUCGAGAAGGUCGCCUUCACUGGCUCGACCGCUACCGGUGCCAAGAUCAUGGAGAUGGCUUCCAAGUCCCUCAAGAACAUCACCCUCGAGACCGGUGGUAAGUCGCCACUGUUGGUCUUUGCCGACAGCGACCUCGAUGAGGCUGUCAAGUGGUCGCACAUGGGUAUCAUGUCGAACCAGGGCCAGAUCUGCACAGCUACUUCUCGUCUGCUAGUCCAAGACUCGAUCUACGACGACUUCGUCAAGCGAUUUGUUGAGACCACCAAGACCGUCAGCAAGGUCGGUCACCAAUGGGAUUCAGAUUCGUACCAGGGCCCCCAGGUCUCUAAGCAGCAGUACGAUCGCGUCCUAGAAUAUAUCCAGAUCGGAAAGUCCGAGGGAGCUACACUCCUUUCUGGUGGCCAGCCAGUCGAUUCCUCCAAGAAGGGCUUCUUCGUCCAGCCCACCAUCUUCGGCGAUGUUCACAACCAGAUGCGCGUCUUCCGCGAGGAAAUUUUCGGCCCUGUGGUCGUUAUUACCAAGUUCAGCGACGAAGCGGAGGCUCUCAAGCUCGCCAACGACACAACAUACGGUCUUGGUGCUGCUGUCUUCACCAAGGAUGUUGAGCGUGCCCAUCGUGUUGCCGCUGAGAUCGAGGCUGGUAUGGUCUGGAUCAACAGCACGCAGGACAGCGAGCCUUACAUCCCCUUUGGUGGCGUGAAGCAGAGUGGCAUUGGCCGUGAGCUUGGUGAGGCUGGUCUUGAGGCAUACAGCCAUACCAAGUCUAUUCACGUCAACCUUGGCUCUCGUCUGUAA